GCUCGACAACGCAGGGUAUUGAAGCAAAUCAUGGGGGCGGAUGACGAGGAUGAAUCGGUUUUGUCGGAUCUCAGGGAGAGCAUAGAAGAGAUCGAGGAGGAAAAUAGCCAUUCAGACUACAGCCUAGAGUUUGACGACGAUUAUGACGGAUCAGGACAUCCAAGAGGAGCCGGACAAUACCAAAGAGGAGGUGAAGAAGGAGAAGGUUCCCAUGGCCAGCAAAAUUCGCCGUCUGCCGUGUGGUCGGCAACUGGGGUUGGAUCGGAAAAGCAGGGGGGGCACCAACACCAACAACGACAACGCUUACAAGAGGGACGGGACCAAGAACGGACGACACGAAGCCAUGUGCUCGUCGAUGACACUGCCAACAUCAUCGCGGACCGCAACAACUCAGGCGGGCUACAAUUUCCUCCGAAAAGGUCGACAGGACGCCAAGCAGACGGCAACGAGACGCAUCAGCAGGACUGCAUGGAAACAGUACAGGCGAGGAACGAGCCCUACUCCUCAACGGCGGCAGAAUUAGGAACCAUGGAGACAAAGGAACUACCAAGUGAAGAGCGAGGGGAUCGAGAACCCUCCUUGCCAGUGCAGGUCCUCACACUCAAAGCUCGACUGGACGGGCUGCUGCUGGGCGGACACGACGGCGUUGAUAGCGGCCACCAAAAGACGGUCACCGAGGCUUUAACGUCGGUGAAACGAGAACACGCUGCUCUGCGGGAGUGCUUGGGCGACAUUGAGCGGGAGCUGUUGACAGCGAGGAGGAAGGUUGAGCAGGACGCGGCCUCGAGGCUACAGGCAGCGCAACAGAAGAGGGCGCGGGCGGAAGCGCGGAGGGUCAGACACUUCGAGCAGCUGGGCGAGGCGAGGAGGGCCGCGGCGGUAGCCAAGGCGGAGGCUGAGGCGUUACGCGCCAGGCUGGCGGACGGAGCGACGGAGCUCCAACACAUGCGAGACAUGCUGGAAACUGCCCGAUCGGCGGCUUCAGCGGCGCAGGACCGGGCCGACCAGUGCCAGAAGGAAGCGGCCGUGGCUGAGGCGGGGUUUUGUAGCAAGCUCUCGCGCACCCAUGAUUCUCGGCUCUGCAAGUCUGCUUUGCUUCGCUCGUUGGCCUUCCGGUUGCCUCUUGAUGGUGCCAAGCUUUGCGAGAGAAAGCGAGAGCUUGAAGUGGACGCCGCUACUAGAGUGGCAGAGGCGCGGGAAAGAGCGGCGGAGGAACAGAUGAAGCGCCUCCCCGAGCACCAGCAACAACUGCUCCAGGCAGAAAGGGACCGCGUGGUGAGAUGGGAGGAGCGCCUGGCAGCCGAAGCCGCGAGUCUUCAGCGCAGGGAGGAGGCACACAAGAUUGAUAUGGAAGCGUGUCGAGCGCAGAUACGCAGGAUGGAGGCGGAAACCAGGGCCCGUGUUGAAGAGGAUGCCUCGAGGGAGCGGUCGACUCUGACCAACGCCAAGUCGGCGUUCGAGAGGGAGAGGGGGGAGCUCUUGCGGCGUGUCGCGGCAGCCGAAUCGGCCGGUCAGGCAGCGAUAGCGGAGGGGUUCGAAUUCCGGCGCGGCGUCGCGGAUGGCAGAGGCGAACGAGGAGCGUCGGAGAGUCGAGGCCGAGAAGGACGCUCUAGCGUUGAGGGCCUCGAUGCUCGCGCCGCAGCUUGCUGCCCUAGAAGAAGGGCGAGCGAUGCUAGAAGGGUUUCAACGAGAAGGCCGAGGGAAGAAUCUCGUCGUGCGAAAGAGAAGGUCUGUCGCGCUCUGGAGAUGGAGGCGGAGGUUGUAGGAAGAGAAGCGGCGGUGGAAGUGAAGUGGAAGGAGAUCACCACAGCCCGCCGAGCGAUCAAGCAGAUGGAGAGGGGCGUCGUUAACGAGGCAGAAGGGUUGGCCGAACAGCGGAAGGCGCUAGCGCUGGCAAGAGUGCGCUUACACGAGCAUCAGAUGGAAAUGGUGUUGCAGAUGUCCGAGAUCCGGAAGGCACUGGAGGUAAUGAAGCGGGUCGACAGCAUCGAGGAUGCGCCCGCCAGACGCCUGGCUCUCGAGCUGGGGACGCUGGCGUGCGACCGGGGGCAGAGUGCGGCGCGUCGGGCCGAAAACUCCCGGGAUUUUCUCGCCGCUGAUGGUGAUGAUGUCGGGACGCUUGCACGACGAGAGUGGGCGGUACAUGGUGGCAGCGAUGGCAGGGGAUUUCAAAUUACGGCCGCCCCGUGCGAGGGAAGAGGUGGUCUAGGAGUGGAGGUUAGGGAUCGAUCCCACCAGGUGUUGCUGGCACCGUGCGAAGAGACAGCUGGCACGACUACAGCUGCUGCUGCUGCUACUGCUUCUACGGCCACAUGUCAAGGGAGGGGGGCAACGGAUGUGAUGCGGAUGGGGGCCGGAGCGUAUGCCGACGAGGCGGGCGCGAGAGAAGCGCUGGACAAGGUGCGCUCCGUGAUAGCCUCGGGAGGAAAAGAGUGGGAAGUGGCAUCGGGAUCGGGUAGCGGCGGCAGCUGGGAGGGACUGCCGGUUCACGGAUGGGCCCGGCGGCUGCAGGCGGCCGCGAUCGCCACUGGAGCAUAUCGACUGCACAAUUAA